AUACAGGUUACAUCUCUAUGUUUUAAUUUAUGUAUUAGAUCUACAGGUAACCAAACUGCGCACUCAACCAUCAACAAUAAAUUCAUUCUCACUUAGAGAGAGUUUUUACUGCUAAUUUAAAAAGCUUGUGCGUGUCUGUGCUUGAACUAUUUUGCUCUUGGUAGAAAAUGCGAAUAAUGGGAGAAAACCUGAGGAGGAGAGAACAAAAAUAAUGAUAAUCAACCAUUUAUUUAUUUAAAAAUAAAUAAGUUAUUUAUUUAAAACUAAAAAACAAAAUUUCGUACUUUUGUCUUGACCGGACAUGACAAGACAUACGCGUCAUAACCGGAAGUGAAAGUGUAAAAGGACGUAAGUUUUUAGCGGUGGGGGGAAAUUCAAACAUUUUACGCGGAAGUUGUUAAAAAACGUUUUCGUCUACAUUAACUUUGUUAAAAGACGUGGUUUACUCAUAUUUUCAAUCAGAAUUAAAUUCAAAUUUAUUUUUGGUUUCGUGCAGGCACCACUUUUUUCAGCGUCGUAUUUACAAUUUAUGUUUGAAAUUCUGGUGCACAUAUGGAGCUCGUACCUGCUGUACCGUUUUUAUUUUUCCUGUCGGGAUUUUGUAAUAAAGGUCUAGCAGUUUUGAUCCAAACCCAGCAGACGGUGUUGGCAGCAGUAGGAGAAGAUGCUCCUCUCAGCUGUCAGCUCCUGGAAACUAAAGACGUCCAGCAGGUCACCUGGCAGAAGGUGUUGGAGAAAACAGAGAGGAAUAUUGGUUCCUACAGCCAGUAUUUUGGUGAAACAGUGAAUCCUGGAUUUAAAGAUAAAGUUCAGUUCACAGAAUCUGGACUGCAGAAGAACUCUAUAGUUAUUAUUAAUGUUACAGAGCAGGAUGCAGGAUGUUAUCUCUGUCUGUUCAACACAUACCCUGAUGGAGCUCUGAUAGCUGCAACCUGCCUAAAGGUUUAUGAGCUGCAUGGACCCUUCAUUAACGUCAGCAGAUCAAACUCUCCUCCAGGGUCGGUGGUGACCUGUUCAGCCACAGGUCAAUCUGUUCCCAUGGUAACGCUGACUGUUCUCCAUCAGAACCUCAGUUUCUCCCACUACAGCACCAGCAGAGAGACCAACACCAACGGUACCGUCACCUUCACCACUACAGCUCUGCUCUCAGCUCUCAGCAACACACAGGUUGGAUGUUCAGUGUCAGUGGACUCUGCUGCUCCCAGAGAGCUGCUGGUCAUCGUUCCUGGACUCACUGAGACGUCUGAUGAUGGGUUGUCUAAACGAUCUCCAUCAUAUUACCACGCCCUACAUUGGCCUUUGAUUGUUUCAGUAAUGCCAGCUGUGAUUUGUUUAGCUAUCCUGCUCAGAAUAAGAUAUCAGAGAAGCUGCAGGAAUAAGAAACCUUCAGAGGACACCAUAGAAAAUCAGAAGAUGGACAUCUCACCAGAGUCGAGCGAAAACCUCAGACAACAAACACCUGAAAAACAAAAACUAAACAGUGGGUUAUACCCAUCGCCAUGACAACAGAAACACCACAUUGAUAAGGCAGCUAAUCCUGAAGUUAAUUGGAUCAAAUUUUUAUUGUUUCCAGUGAUGCUUUGUUUGGUUUUGGCACCAAAUUUGAUCAAAGAUGGUGACAAAACAUUUCUUAUAAAGACGCUAUUGGACAUUAAAAAAAAGCCUCCUGCACCUUUUCAAGCAUUACCUGAUUAUUUCCUGUUUUUGUUGUUGUUGUUGUUGUUUUUUAAGUAAUGGAGAUCCCAUUUGCUUGUUUACAAGUGGGUUUUUUUUGUUUGUUUUGUUUUUACAAAACUAAAUACUAUCUUUUAAAUAUCUUCACACCAGGUGACUAAUAGAGAAGAAUGUGUUUUUUUUUUUUUUUUGCUGAAGGUAAUCUGCAUAAUGAAUUGGACAAAUGUUGAAGUUGCUGCUGCUGAUUCAAAAGAAAAUGCAAAUUCAUACUUGAUUUUUUAUUAUUAUUUUUAUAUAUUUUUUUAUCUUUGCAAACUUUCAUGAGGAUGUAAAACCAGAAAGAAAAAUGUUAUAAUUAGAUAUUGAAAUACAAUAAUGAGAAAUUAAGAUUUUUGUGUUUUUUUUUCUUUUACAUACAUUUGAAACAAUGUGAACUUAGAAUUACAGGCAAAGGAAAACAAAGUAUCAUAUACAAACAGAUGUAAAAAAAAAAAAAAAAAAAAAAGAAAAAAAAGACAACAUUUCUUAAAUAUGACCGAACUGCGAAUGAAUUUUGUAUUUUCUCUACAAAGAAAAAACUAAAUGCUCAUAUUGUUUUUAUAUUUUGUGCUUUGAAGUGAAAACCAAUUUUACUCGUUUUUUAUGUCUUUUUAAUAUAUUUGAUAUAUUUCAAUAGUUUGUAAUUUUAAAAAGAAAAAAUAAUACAAAAAUACUUCAUUUUUGUAUCAUUUUUGUAAUAUGGCCACUGGAGGUCGCUGUGUAUUUCAGAUUAAAAUGCAUUUCCUCCAGGUUUUGUCAGAUGUUUUUCUCUGCUACUGAUGCGGCUGUAAGUUUAAUUCACGCAUUAAUAAAUGAGUGUUUUCUUACUGGA